AUGCCUUCUCUCGUCUGGAUUGUCACAGGGUGUUCCUCAGGCUUUGGUGAACAGUUCGUCCACAGCAUUAUAGCGCGAGGCGACAAGGUCAUUGCUACCGCCCGGAAACUUGACAAGAUCCAGCAUCUGAAACAAGCAGGAGCUGCCAUUCUGCCGCUCGACAUCACCGACAGCGAACAGAGUAUACGAGACACGAUAGCGGCUGCGAUCAGCAUUUACGGCCGAAUUGAUGUGCUGGUGAAUAACGCAGCCUACAUCUCGAUUGGCACAUGGGAAGACCUCGAAUACAGGGACUUUUUUGCGCAAUUCGACACCAAUGUUUUCGGCACAAUCAAAGUAACUCGCGCACUUCUGCCGCAUUUUCGACAGCGAUGCACGGGAACGCUGGUCUUCAUUAGUUCGCUUUCAGGUUGGAUUGGACACCCCGGGUGCAGCGCCUAUGCUGGAUCCAAGUUCGCUCUCGAAGGCAUGGUGGAGGGCUUGUGGCGGGAGACAGCCCACCUAGGAAUCAAGACGCUUAUGAUCGAACCCGGGAGAUUCCAGACCAAACUUCUUUCAAGCGGGAACAUCAGAACCGUGGCAUCGGCCAUCCCAGAGUACGCAGAAUUUUCAAAGAGCCUGCUCAAAGGACUCAGCGGAGAGGAUCGGAAUCAGCCAGGCGAUCCGGUCAAGCUCGUAGAAAUUACAUUGGAUCUUGUGCGGCAGGAAGGUGUUGCUGCAGGUCGAGAAAUCCCAUUCCGACUGCCCCUUGGGGUUGACUGUUAUGAUGACAUUAAGGCCAAAUGUGAAGAAACUCUGCAAAUGUUGAAAGAAUGGGAAAGUACUAUUAGAGUGGUCACCUUGAAGAAUCGUAAAGACAUCAGCAUCAAGCACAUGUGA